AAAAAGAACACCCGUCAAAAGGUAACAAUGCUUCGGGAAGCUUUUUCACCUGCCAGCGCUUAUGCUUAUGCUUCUUGAGAGCGAAGCAGUGUUCAAAUGGCAAGUUCUAUUAUAGCCUGCUUCACUACAGCUGUGUAGGUUUGUGCCUGUUUUGUUUGUAAUACCGCUUCCGGUUUCCCACACUGACAAACAAGCAGCAAAUGGGCAACAGAGUAAUAAGUGUAGGACAUAGGGAUUAGUAGCUAAUAAAAUAGCGUUACCACUGCAAAUUCACGCACACAGGCCAGGUCAGGUUGACAACACAGCAGAACGUAAGGUUUGCACCUCUGUUAUCCGUGUUGAAAGGAUCCACGUGCUAUGGGUUUCAUUUUUCCCCGUGCGCUAGCAAAGUAUGUUUCCCCGUUACUAGCAAGCGUUGGUUGAAGAGUGAACCGAUUGUUUUUGUUAUUUCCUUUCCGUGUGUGUCAUUUUUCUCCUGUUGUUGUUGCUGUGUCUGUGUGUUUGUGUGCGCGCGUGUCUGGUUUUUGUCUAUACGCAUUUCAAAUGCGCAACUGUUGCCGCUUAAAAUACACAAUUCCCCAACCCACACCAGACGGUCGGUUAUAGCGUCGUCGUUGUUGCUCUUUCUUUCGUUUGUUAGUACUUAACAUUGGUUUCACCUUAAGCUGGCUUUACUGAAAGUGCUUUCUUACUGCAAGGAGAGUAUGCGUGCAUGCGCGCGCGCGUAUGUAUGUGUGAGUGUGUGUGUGUUUGUGGUGUUAAUCGUACGUUACGAGGUGUUACACAAUCACAAAUAAAUAAGUGAGAGCAAAGAGUAAAGGGAAAUUAUAGGGUAUACAUAAUGGUACACUUAAUCUUAUUGGAGCAUAUUUGCAACAAGACGCUGGAGCGGGAGGAUGGAUUAAACUUUAGCUAAUCGUUAUCAAAACAAAACAAAACAAACAAACAAACAAAAAAAACUAAGUAAAAACAAAAACCAAAAAACAUUAAACACACGUUUCUUCGUCAAACAAAGUAUUCUAUUUGUUAUUCUAGCUAAAACAAAACAAUACAAACACAAAUGCAGUAUGCUUACGGUUGACCAACAUCGUAGCAGAGUUUCCCUGCUGGGUCAUACCGGUCAUCAUUGGUGCAGCAUACUGGUACACGUGCAACUCUUCCUCGUUUGGGAGAUUGAAAACAAAACAGACACUUCUACACCGACACUCGCCACAAACACUGAGAUUACACGCCCAGGAACAAACCAAGGACGACGGUAAGCUCAAUUCGUGAAACAUAAUGCAGGUGUGCCCCGGGGGUGGAAUAUCUUGUUGUGUGUUGUUGAAGAGUAAGAAACAGAAUUAACAAAUAAUUAUUUAAAUAGCAUUUACACCGACACGAAUACAUGUUGCAAAGCGUAAAACAAGAAUCGCGAACAAAGUGUACGUGAAUGGAGAAUAAAUAGAAAAAAGUGUUGCAUUACGUUGAAAGAUGGGUUGCAGCUGCAACGUGCGACCCGUGUUUAGAGUAGGACAAAGUAAAGCGGACAAAACAAUAGUCGCGGGAAAAGGAAAGAGAAUAUUGGAAGCUAUAAAACAAGGUGAUAUUUACAUUUAGAUGCGAUCGUAACCCAUAUCAUUACCUUCUUUCCAAACCCUCUCUCCUUCCCAUCCUUCUCCCUCCUCAGGAGCAUAUACAUGUAUUACACAGGCACACCUUCACACCUACACACACACACACACACACACACAUAUAAACACACUCACUCAUGCACACAUUGGAUACAUCAGCUGGGAAGUGAGAGAUGGAAAGGAUAGCAAACAUUGUUGUUGGAGACCAUAUCGUGCUAUAGUUUGGCCCCAUUUCGCACGUGCUAAUUGUAGCGUCCUGUAUGCGCCAUUCGGUUAAAGUAUGCGAUGAAUGAAGCGAUAGGAGAGAAAAUAAUAAAAAAGCAUACACACAAUAAUUACCACGUUCUGCAUUCCAUAUUCGAAAAAUGGAAAAAGAAACCUGGGCAAGAAAUAUCUAGAGAGAAUUAGAACAUGAGAAAGCUUCAAAAGUAAAAUUACAAUCUAAACUUAAAACAAACACUUGCGCCACCUUCACCGUCAUGCUUCUCUUAAGUACAGUUUCACGUAAUGUCUAGCUACAGCGGGGAAAAUAGUAAUGCGUUAAGCCAGCAACACAAAAGAUACACUAAGUUAAACGAUAAAUUAUGGCAAAAAAAGAAACUAUCAAACAAUACCAAGGAGAAGAUCAAGCGCGCAUGGUGCUGCGGUAGAAAGACAGAAGCGGAAGAAGGGAAGAGCUAAAAGAAAUAUUCAAACGAUACGCAAUGCGUGAAUCAAAUCGCAAAGUAGUUUAGUGUUAUGUAAAAAAAAUAAUAAAAACAAACAAACAAAUAGAUCUAACGCUAUCACGACAGACACACACACAACAGCAUACCCGUACGGAUGAGCAAAUACAAAACAAAGAAACACUGUAAACAAAUAAAAACAAAACCCAUGCAUUUGCACGAACAGCAGGUUAGGCAGGUAAACAAAGUUAAGUAAAUGUAUUUAAUAAGCGCGUCUGUAGCACAAUAUAUAACUUUACUGUAACGGAACAGGAAAGCAGAAAGUAAGCAGUUCGCCUGAGGUGGAUAGGAAAAGCUAACAGUGAAAGAAAAUCAAAGCUGAAAUGGCAGUCGCUACGAUGUUACAAUAUAGAUCGUUAUUGUUAGCAUGUGACCGGGGGUAGGCGAAGGAUGCGUUACGAUUAUCUGGGUACAGCUAUCGCAAUCACUAUCCACGAGAAAAGAAGCGCUACAAUCAUGCAAAUGUAACAUGAAACAGAUAUGCAAUGCUGUUUAUUCUGGGAGGAAAUGGAGGUUGCGUGUUCGAUACGGAUCACGAUGGCACGCGCUCGUGUGUUGUUACUUACUUCAAUUGCAAUGCGUACAAUCUUCUCGCACUGCGUGAGGCGCAGUACGUUCCUGUGCGUUAAUCUCUCGUUAGUCUCUUGCGCCGUUUUCGUCCCUGUUCUGCUUCCGUCUUUGCUGAAUCUAAAAAUUGGACAAUUCAAUCGGAAUCUAUUGCACACGUUUUGAGGAAGCGCAAAGCAAACAUGAGCAUUAUAAUUCGGCUAAAAGGCAUAACGUGAAAAGUGUUGUGUUUAUCUCAAACAACGUUUAUCAACCGAGAAGAACAGCCCAGUGAAGAUUUGAAAGUUAUGGAAUAAUUAAACAAAUAAAAGGAUAACCAUGCGGACUGUAGAGAGCGCGAACGGAACCACACGUGAAGCACAUACCAUACCAAACAGAAAUAAAAUCAUUCGUUUGUAAGUGAAGCGAUACUUAAACAAGCGCAAUGAAAGAUAUCUUGUGAAAACUACUGCUUGCAACAAAUUGAACUAGAAAGAAAUUGUUUAAAUUUAAUACAUCUGGCGGCAAAGGUGAAGUAGGAGCGGCAACAGCUGGAGCAGCAUCGGCAGCAUCAAAAUAUACAAAUAAUUGAAAACUAGUAGCACACACAAACACACACGAAGCUAUCGUGAGUAAACUGUAAAUAUGAUGUUUGCGUAAAAGUAAUGCGAAAGUCUCACAUUUGCAACAGCCAUUCGGAUGGAUGUUUAGCGGCAUUCGUCAGAGCUCUAGCAUACGUUGCGCACCAAGCGGUGAUCAUGGUAGCAGCAAGAUCAGCAGAAACAAUAAUUCAAACUACUAACGACCCUUCUCCCCCGCAGUACCAGUCUGGUAAGCGUAUAGGAUAACAAUAAUAUCAACCUAUUAAUAACAGCCAAAACAGCAAACAAUGAUGAGGUUGAGAUUGUUUGAAAGAUCAUCUUUAACUGCUGCAAACCCCUAGAGGUAGGCUAGUAAGGGUAAGGGGCUGUAUAAAAGAAAAGAAAAGAAACAAAAAAAUGCGAACCCAAUGCAGAAAACAUUCGAAGCCCGUCGAUCAAAAUGAUAUAUUAUUAGGUGACGAGUAUGUGUGUUUGUGUGUACAGAAUACAGGAUCUGAGGUGCACCCGAGGGAAAAGCCAUUCUGUUGCGGCACGAGUUCAAGCGAGGUAACAGGCAUGAGACAACCAAACGACCACAAAUGUUUACCCACCAUUAAUUAAAUUGAACAUAUUUACAAAAUAAUAUAUUAUUGAACAACUUAUUCAUUACCACGGAAAUUGCCGAAGAAAAUGAUCGGGAGCAAAAGAAAAGCUCGUUUGCGAAACGACCCAGUACAGUGGCAGUGAGUUUGGAACAGCAGUAACGGAACGCAGAAUAGUAUACCCCUACCGCGGAUAGUAUUCUUUCUUAUCCACGUGUGUCGUGGCACUAGGGAUAAAGUUAUACACUACCCUGACACUAACCAACAAUCACAAAAAUACACUCAACAGACACACACACACACAUAAUACUCCUCUAAUUACUAUAUCGGUCAUCAGUCCAAUUUUUCGAACUCGAUCCUGUUUUGACGCGAAGUCUGUAAUGUUCAGGCUUUAAAGGAGUGCACACCAAAUAAUCCCCCCGGGUCAAACGUUUGAUUCACACAGUGCUACAAAAGAGAAGGCAAAAAAGGAAGAAGGAAUAACAGGUACAGCAAAGAAACAACAAUAAAAAAUCUCGUAACAACCAUUGUACCACAAAGCGACAGACAUGCAACGUAAAACACAGACUAUUCACAAUCAAAUUGCAACAAACGGAACAAAACACAUACAGAAAAUCCAAACAAAAGAACAAAUAAAUUAAUAAACCUUCUCCUCCAUACUUUCAACAUACCAUCUACUAGCGCGUUAUAUAAAAGAAAGGGAGAGAGAGAGAGAGAGAGAGAGAGAGAGAGAGAGAGAGAAGAAAAAAAUCACAGUAAAACUGCAGCAUAGUAGAACACGUCAAUGCAUAGUAGCACGAUCGAAUGAUCCCGUGAACGUAAGAGCAGGAAUCUUGACUGUUUCCGUUUUUGUUGAUAUAAUUAAUGAAAUGAAAAAGUAAGAAAUAAACGAGGUCGCAUGAGAAAACGCAAAUGAAACGCA